CUGUAGUGCAGGACGGGAGGCGUCAUUCUGCGCCCGCUGCCUUGCUCAAGUCACAGCAGAGCCCUCGAACUGGGACGCAAACUGCUUCUCCUCGACUUCGCAGAGGGAAAAGCUGCCGACUGACUUCUCAAAGUACAGUGUGGAACGGUGGGGGGGGCUAAGGGCCUCAUGGGAGACAUCAACAUGGACACUCCCGAUUAUGGGAUCGCGGCGAUGAGGAGGGGAAGCUACGAUGAUGCUUCGGCUUCUCUGCGUCCUGACUUCAAACACUUGGCCCAGAGGCGACGCUCUGCCCCGUCCCUGGCGUUCGGGAAGGCGCUGGGGAUGCCGUGGUCUCCCAUCAGGGAGGAGGCGUCCUGCUGGGUGUCUGUGGAGCAGAGUCCGUUCGUCCUCGGCCUCAGCAGCGAGAACGGAGAGCUGCUGCUGGACGAGUGCGUCCAGGUCACCGAGGGCUCGAAGACCAGGGAAAGACACAUGUUCCUCUUCAGCGAUGUCAUUGUGUUCGCCAAACUCAAGUCGAGUGCCAGCUACCGUCUGAAGCACAGAGUGAGCCUCACGGACAUCUGGCUGUACGGUUUUGAAGACGAGGCAGAGGAUGAAGAGGGAACGACGGGGGAUAUUGACCUGAGGCUGACCCUUGCCUUGGCUUGGGCUCUCACUUUCUCUUUGGUGUGUUUUCGCUCACCUGAGGUGAAAGAACGCUGGUUAGAUACUCUACACAGAAAAAUUAAAGACACAAAGGCGAGGGCUGGUUGUGCCUUUUCACCUCCUGACGUCCUCAUGAAGGUGUUGAGUGGCAGCAUCACAACUAAAACUCUAACAGGAGGGGGCAUGGAACACCUUCCACUUGACGGCGAUGCAAAGAUAGCCAUUCUGCCGAAUAACCAGGAGGACAAGCUGACGCAUCCCACUGAAAAAAAGUGGAACCAAGUGGUGAAGAGGCUGAGAAAGGGCUCGAGUUUCAUCAGCAAGGCAAACCGAACAGAGACGUGCACAAAGACUCAGCUGUUCGGGCUGCCCCUCUGCAAGAUCUGCCCCGAUGACCGCUCCCUCCCCAAACCAGUCACAGAGAUUCUGGUGUUGCUGAGAAAGAGGGGCCCGUCCACGGAGGGAGUGUUUCGGAAACCAUGCAACAACAAGAACAUGAAGGAGGUCAGAGAGCAGCUGAACAGCGGCCUGGAGGUCGACCUGGAGGGGCAGCCGGUGGUUCUGCUCGUCGGGCUCCUCAAAAGUUUCCUGAAGGAACUUCCUGGCAGCCUGCUGGUGUCUGAACUUUAUGACAACUGGAUGACGGCUCUGGACAACGAAGACACUCAGCAGAGAGCUGUGGAAAUCAGAAAGGUUGUAGACGAGCUGCCGGUGCUCAACAAACUCCUCCUUCAGCAUCUUGUGUGCGUCCUCCAUCACAUCCUGGAGAGCGCUGACAUCAACAAAAUGGGCGCCCACAACCUGGCGGUGUGCAUCGCCCCCACGCUGCUGCAGCUGGACGGAGCCACGCUGGAUGAGGGGAAGGAAAAGAUGAACAAGGUCACAGAACUCACCGAGCUUCUGAUCGAGCACUGUGACAUACUUGGAGAGAACAUCCCCAGCCUGCUGGACACCGAUGAAGACUCUCUGUCGUCCCAGCACCAUGACUCAGCAUAUGACAGCACCGACUUAGAUGGCGACGGGGAGGCAGGAGAGAGCAGCAGCUCCACUCAUGGAGGGUGUGGUUCAUAUUCCUCUCUCAGUCCCUCCGCCCGCACCACUUCCUGGGCAUCGGACGCCGCCUUCAACCCGAAGCAGCCGUUCCACCGUCGCUGCUCUGAGCCCAUCAUCCUCACCUCACCCGACCUCGAGAACCUGUUUGGCCACACCCGGAGCCACGAGGACUGCUCCAUGGAGAGCAGGGACUUUGAGGAGCAGCCUCUGACAAAGCAGAUCUCUGACGACUCCUUCUUGGUCAGAGUACGAGCAGGACGCAGGCCGGUCCUGCCUUUUCCAAGACUGAGCAGCAGCUCAAACUUGGACCCUCUGCCCUACAUGGCAGGCAAUCAUGUCAAGGACUGCUCGUGCUCUUCCCUGGAGAGCGCCGCCUCAAACCAGUCAGACUCUGUUUUCUCCAGCUCCCCAGUGGGGUCACCAUCCUGCCCCAGGAGAACAAACACCUCCAGCCCACCAUUAGUGGCUGCAAAGGCUCAACAGGACAUUGUCAGACCGAUUUCGGCUGAGAAGAGGCAUUCACAAUCCAUGAGGGUGGCCAGUAAAGUCCUAAUGAGGACCAGGAGUCUAGCAGCGUUCAGCAGGAGCAGCCUGAAGAGAGACUCCCAGAAGGAAAACUCCUUCCCUUGUGAAACGCUCCAGGAGGACGCUCAGAGCGAAGCAGAUCCUCCAGCUGAGCCUCUGCACAGGCAGCGCCCUCUGUCAGCCAUCGAGGUGUUCAAGCAGGUGGACAGCAGGCUGCCCUGCAGGCCUCCACCAUAUGAGAGGGCAGUGCAGAAUAUGGGCCUCCCUCCGCAGUAUGGAGCCAUGACUGUACAGGAUGCAAUGGUGCUGGAGAGGAGGUCCCGCCCAUCCUCUGUGAAUUAUGACUUCCCAGCCACCUGCCCCGUCACUCAGUUCACAGACUGCUUUUCCCAAGCAGCGCAGGACAAUGGCGGCGUUGUCGAGCGGCGGCAUCCUUACCGCCAGAGAGCCAUGUCCGAGUCCGUGUCUAAAAGCCACCACGACGUUGUGUCGCGGAGAUGUAGUCAGCCUGUGUUCGAGGAGUUUUCUUAUGCCCAGGAGUCGUACGUUUGAUUUACUCUGGAACUGAUUCACAUGUCCGAUUUAUCUUGCGUCUUUUUCAUUUCUAUUCCUUCUGGGCCACAUCAGAAGGUUUCUGACCUCGAAAGGUUAAUUUCAUUGUGCUGUUUUGAACGCUUACUGUAGCCUUAUUAUAGCAGCUACUUCCUACUUCUUAUCUUAAUCUUAUCGUUUUGUAAAUAGAAAUGUUCUAUGUGUCACUGUUUCACUUUGAAUGCAAGCUAUGUGGUUGCACUGUCCAAGUAGUACUGUUUAGAGUACAGAUAUUAAAUACAUGGUGUUAUGAUAGAUAUUUAGUCUAUCGCAAGGAAGCUAUGGAGAAAAUAUGCUAUUAGUUUUGUUGAUGUACAGUUUAGCCUGUUGAGCACACUGCUCAUGUUUUUUUGUAAACCCUCUUCACCUUCAUCUCCUUCUUCAACUACAUUAAAGCACUUUUCUGAUAAUUUAAUGCUUUGUUUACUUGUUUGCUGAAAAUGUAAAUAGAUACACAGAUAGAGAUUGGUAACCUUAGCCAAGGACUCGUGAAUUGUUUUCGUUCAAAAUAAAUGAUUGAAAGAA